CGCCCCUACCAGGCACACCGUGUGUGGUGUUACUGGGGCCCUACAUGAACACGUCGAAGGUUUCAACAAACCAGUGGAUGUCUCAUUGCGAAUAUGACGUUCUUGAGAGCUUGUAUCUUCGCUUGCAUGGUCAGCUCAGUAUUGACGCAGACGUCGGAUCCCUGCACUGGACAUGUCUGUGAGACGCCAGGCUAUGAGUGUCGCCUUGUCGUCGUGUCCUGCGCACCUGACAGCCCGUGCCCACCACAACCAGAGUGUGUCCCAAGUGGCCAGGGACUUGUCGGAGCCUGUCGGUACGGCAGCCCAGUGCUGGAGCAGACAGGUGGACAGACGUACAACACCCCGUACUGUAACGAUCAGAAACUUUGCCCUGACACCACCGAGUGCAGCACCGAAAUACAAGACAUCCAGUCCCUCUGCUGCUGGAACCCAUUUCUUGGUCCCAGGCCUGUCACUACACCGCCUGUGACGAGCAACCCAUUCGGCAACUUUAACGGUCAUUGUGCGAAGACGUUCCCCCUUCCUGCUUUCUUCUGUGACUUUAUGGUUCCCCGGUGUGAGCAGGACAGCGACUGUCUCCCCGGCUCCAAGUGCUGCUCCACAGACAAGUGUGGGAGGCGGGGGUGUCUGCUGGCCAGGUUCACGAGAGAGUGUUCCUUCCUGGAUAGACUCAUGGGCCUGUGUGAAGAUUAAACCAUGGGCUGUACCGAGAUUACUGUACCAAACCACUUAACUCUAUCAAUAUUGAACGAAUUAUCUCAGGCUAUAAUCGUUGUAUCUGAUACCCUUACAGUCUUGCUGAUUUUGAAACACAUAUCAUAAAUAAACUGGUCUUGACUUCAAA